UGUUGCUAAGGCUGCGGCUGGCCGGAAGUGGUGGCAGUCAGAAGUUUUGGGAGCCAGAUCCUGAGAGAGGUCAAGGGUCAGUGCAGAGCCGGGAGGAGAUGGUGAAGCAGACCAUACAGGUUUUCGCGAGGGUGAAGCCCACCGCCCGGAAGCAGCCACAAGGGAUUUAUUCCAUAGAUGACGAUGAAAAAUUAACCGCUAGCCUGGAAAUUAUCUUACCUCGAGAUUUGGCAGAUGGAUUUGUGAAUAAUAAGCGAGAAAGCUACAAAUUUAAAUUUCAAAAGAUUUUUGAUCAGGGUGCAAACCAAGAGACCAUUUUUGAAAACAUUGCCAAACCUGUUGCUGAGAGUGUCUUGGCAGGUUACAAUGGUACCAUCUUUGCCUAUGGGCAAACGGGCAGUGGGAAGACAUUCACCAUCACUGGUGGGGCAGAACGCUACAGUGACCGAGGCAUUAUCCCAAGGACACUGUCGUACAUUUUUGAGCAAUUACAAAAGGACAGCAGCACAAUACAUACAACGCAAAUUUCCUAUUUGGAAAUCUACAAUGAAUGUGGUUAUGAUCUAUUGGAUCCAAGACAUGAAGCCUCCAGUUUGGAAGAUUUGCCGAAAGUGACAAUACUGGAGGACCCUGAUCAGAACAUUCACCUGAAAAACCUGUCUCUCCAUCAGGCAGCCACAGAGGAAGAAGCUCUGAAUCUGCUUUUCUUAGGAGACACCAACAGAAUGAUUGCAGAGACUCCAAUGAACCAGGCUUCAACUCGUUCCCACUGCAUUUUCACUAUUCACUUAUCAAGCAAGGAACCAGGAUCUGCGACUGUCCGGCAUGCCAAACUUCAUUUGGUUGACCUGGCUGGUUCAGAGCGAGUUGCGAAGACUGGAGUAGGGGGCCAACUUCUAACAGAGGCCAAGUAUAUCAACUUGUCCCUACAUUACUUAGAACAGGUGAUCAUUGCUCUUUCCGAAAAACACCGUGCACACAUUCCCUACAGGAACUCCAUGAUGACCAGUGUCCUAAGAGACAGUUUGGGAGGGAACUGCAUGACGACCAUGAUCGCAACACUCUCUUUAGAGAAAAGGAAUAUCGACGAGUCAAUAUCUACCUGCAGAUUUGCACAACGAGUGGCGCUCAUAAAGAACGAAGCCGUUCUUAAUGAAGAAAUCGAUCCCAGAUUGUUGAUUGUACGCCUACAAAAAGAAAUCCAGGAACUGAAGGAUGAACUGGCCGUUGUCACCGGGGAGCAGAGAACAGAGGCGCUCACAGACGCAGAGCUCCUUCAGCUGGAAAAACUAAUAACAUCCUUUUUGGAAGACCAAGAUCCAGAGAGUAGACUAGAGGUUGGCACUGAUAUGCGUAAAAUUCAUCACUGUUUCCACCAUUUAAAGAAACUAUUGAAUGACAAGAAGAUUCAUGGAAAAAGCACAGUCUCCUCUGAAAUCAAAGAUCAAGACUGCCAAGAACCAUUAAAGGAAGAAUACCAAAAGCUCCGAGACAUUCUACAGCAGAGGGAUAAUGAAAUCAAUAUUCUGGUCAAUAUGCUAAAGAAAGAAAAGAAGAAAGCUCAAGAUGCUCUCCACUUACCCAGCAUGGGUAGAAGUGAGUGUAGACGCUCACAGAGCUCGCCCUUCCCACCUUGGAACCCAGAAGGUCUGAGGACAUUGCCAUCCUCAGCAACCACACAGGUCCAGGACAUCAGCACUUUUGGGUACAAAUCCGGUUUGCUCCGCAGUAAAACAGGGAUGAGAGAAAAAAUAUCAUUAGGACGACAAGAGGCUUUUGAAAUCUUCAAGAGGGAUCACACUGACAGCGUUACCAUCGAAGACAACAAACAGAUUUUGAAGCAGAGAUUUUCUGAAGCAAAGGCCCUGGGAGAAAAUAUAAAUGAAACAAGAAGUAAGAUUGGCCGCCUGAAGGAAGAAAUCACCCAGCGGCAUAUGCAGCAGGUGGCUCUAGGCAUUUCAGAAAACACAGCCAUGCCUUCGAAGCCAGACUUGCUGGAAGAGAAGCUUCGAUCCCAACUGGAGGAAGAAAAGAUAAGGUAUAAACAAAUGUUCAUGCGCCUGAAGGCCCUCAAGGUGGAGAUCGAGCACUUGCAGUUGCUCAUGGACAAGGCCAAGGUGAAGCUGCAGAAGGAGUUUGAAGCCUGGUGGGCAGAGGAGGCCACCAGCCUGCAGGUUAACUCGCCAGCAGUGAAUUCAUUCAAUCAUGUGAAGUCCUUUCCCCAGACGCCUGAAUCCCAGCAGGAAAGGUCUCAGCUUGUCUCUGACAAAAGCGAUGUGAACGCCAGGAAAAUCUUGCCCUCGCCUUACCCCCUCCCACAGAGCCGGGAGCACAGCAGCACCAGCACAUCCCUGGAAGGCAGCACCCCUGAGAGGCCAGCGUCGUCCGUCCCACUCACCGGGGACAGCCAGACGGACUCCGACAUCCUGGCAUUCAUCAAGGCCAGACAGAGCAUUCUGCAGAAGAAAUGUAAGUGCAUCUUUCUCCAGGGCGUUGCUCACCCACCUUUGGGGGAUGGAGGGGGAGGGCCAGAGCAAGAAGUGAGCUGAGAAGGAAGUAGGAAGCUUCCUGCAUGUUCCUGAAACCAAAGGACUGAUCUUGUGGUCACCUCACACGUGCCUGGCCUCCGCUUCCUCCAGGAAAAAGCUCCAGGAGGCAGCAUCACAAACACCAAGAUAGGCCCAAGGGGGUGGCGGGCCUAGGUGCUCCCACCCUGCUCUGCAAAGCUUGCCUCCUUCUUCCAGACCUUCACCUCCUUGUGUUCUCUGUCCCCAAAACCAUUCACCUCUGUUUAGCCUUCUCCAUAAGAGAAGGGGCUGAGUGAUUGUUCGAGGACUUGAAUCCCUGGCUAGAAAUGUCACUCUCUAGGCUCUCUCAUGUUGGAGCCUGGUUCUUACCAAUGAGUUGUAGACAUAAUCACCAUUUGAAGGCUCAGGCCUGAGGACACCAUUAACAGUUAAAGAAGAAAUACCUGUGAUGUGUCAGACAACAGGAAGAGAAAGAAAAGGCCCUUCCUGGCCUUUGUCACCCUCAUCCCCCCAUCUCUCUCUUGGCAGCUGUGGACAGGCCUUCUCUUCUCCUGCCUCCCCUCUUCCCCAGAGACCCCCAGGGACGAGACCCAGGACCCCUUACCCCAGCCCUACUUUUAACCUCGUCCCAGUAGUAAGCCAAAGGCUACCAGCCGAGGCGAGCGUUGCUUUCCCGUGUCAACACCUUGAUGAGUGAAAUGGCAGACUUGGAUCCUGUCAGGACUGACACCUGCCCCGGGAGGCCCACAUUCGGUUUCACUGCCAGCUCUCUGCAGUUUAGACACUAGGAGGUCUGCACAUGGAUGGAGCAUCCCAGGCGAGGAUGCCGAGAUGCCAGCCUGCCCACUGUUCUCUCUCGACCGGGUCUCUCUCUGAGACCUGAGAUAGGCUGGCUCUGCCACCAGCCAGCUGUGACGCCGUAGCUCGCCUUCUCCCCUCUAUUUCCUUGUUGAAAGAGGAAAGAACACCAACAAAUACAUAAGAUCAUUUGAGGUGCUGAGCUCGGGAGCAGGAGCCAGCUCAACAGGCCUUGCAGGCAAGGGCAAGGGCUUGGCUUCUAUGCCAGAUGGAGCGGGAGCUCCCUGAAGAAUUUAAGCCAAGGCGUGACAUGGUCUGACUGGGGCUUUGGCAGGCUCACCCCGGCCACUGUGCAUAGCAGAGGCUAUAGAGGCCCGGAAUAGCAGUUACCCGGCUCCUGUGGGGGUCCAGGCACGGGGCGAGGGCAGCCUGGCCCCAGCAGCAGGUUGGAUGUGAGUCGUAAAGGAGAGGAGAGCCAGGAGGGUUGGUGGUGGGCACCGGCUCUGAGCCGCUAACAGGACAGGGAGGCCAUUAGCAGAAAGGCAGGGAGGUGUGGACACCAGAGGGAACUUGUUGGGGGAAUUCAGAGUUCCAGUUGGCCCGUUCGAAGUUUCAGAAGCCCUCCUAGACCCCAGAGGAGAUAAGUAGGCCCCUGAACACAAGUCUGGAGCUCAGCAGUGAGGUCCGAGUGGACUAUAGUGCCGUGCCCCGAGUGAAAUCCCUGUCGAAGAGAGCAAAUAGGGUUAUUGUAAUCGCUGACACAGACUCCUGGGGCACUCUGACAUUUGGAGGAGAGCAGGAAGAUCCAGUCGAAGCUUCGGAGAAGGUUCGGCCAGGGCAAGAGAAAGGCCAGCAGGGGAGCGAGCGCGGCCUCAGGCAGACCUGCAGGAGAUCGUGAUCCAGGGGAGACGGGCGGUAGACCCCAGGGCUGCUGGAGGCUGAGGAAGCACAGAUGGGAGGCUGCCUUCCAGCCACUCCACCUGUCACGGCAGCCUGGACAAGUGCCCUGUAGGCAGGGGACCGGGAGGACAAAAUGCCCAUUGCAGUGGUUGAGGAAAGAAAGGAAGGAGCGAGAGCAGAGGUGGGGAAUGGGGCCAGCUGUCCCAGGGGCUGAGCUGGGAGGAGGCUGGGGAUAAGGAGAAGCAGUGGUUAUGCAGACUGGUUCACAUGCUGGAAGGAAGGGUCCAGUAGAAGAAAGGAGGUGGGUGAUGUGGGAACGAGGACCAAACCUGCUGGGGAAACUCUUCAUGGAAGUAGAAGGCAUGGCAUCCUGGACUUCAGUGGCGAGAGGUUGGCAUUUGGAGCUGGAAGACUCCCUUCCUCUGGAACAAAUGCAUAGAAAUUAACCAUCAUUCGUUCCCUUGAGAAGUCGACACGUAAGCAACAUUUUUAAGUUAUGUUUACUCAGCUUUUGCUCACAUAAUAAAGACACUAUUUCCAGCCCUCUCAGAGAAGAGACAUAAACCCAAGGUCUAUGUCAGGAUGACAUCCUCCUGCUAACACAGUGCCCAGACAGCACAGAAAGCUGUGCUGAAAGGCGGAACCCUCUUAGUGUACAGAGCCAAGAGUCUGAUCCCCUUUUUGACAGGUGGGGAAACUGAGGCACGCAACGGUUGAAUGGCAGAGCCAGGAUAACCCAGCUUUUCUGUGCUCUCUCCAUGUGGCCACACUGUCUUGAAAAGCUGCUCCGUGGUCAGUCGGGUGUUUGUCUCUUGGCCCCCACCCUCCCUGCAGCUGGGGAGCUUUGUUCUCCAAACAAAUAGCAGCCUGGAAGCAAUUCAUCAAAACAAAAGUUCAAGGGUUCAAUUUUUAUUCUUUAGGGAAAAAACAAUAAUCUUGGGUUCUUAGUGACCAUGAGGCUGCAAAGGAAGCUGAAGAAGGGUGACAGGGGGUCCCCGUUCCGCCAGGUCAGGUGCGGCCUCCCCAGUGGGCGGCAGAUGGCCGGGUCCCACCACACAGCACUUUCCACGCAGCCCCUUUAUCAGGCCUCUGCGUCAGGCCAAUAUGCAGGCCGGGCCCCAGGCACCCUCCCCAGCCAAAGCAAACACUUCCCUCUCCCCUGCGCUGGGCUGCCUCUGCUCUUAAUUCAGUGGUGCUGUCUGUCUGCACUUCCUCCGGAGCGCUCGUUACGGGGCGUUUGUGACUGUCAGCCCGGGAGCAGGAGCCCAGAGAGCGAGAUGUGACGUACGCCUCGCCCGAAGGCUCUUCCACCUCACCAAGGGCCAGGACGAAUCUAGUUGAUUUAGGAUUCAUGGAAAAGCUGUGGAACGUUUAAAUCCCUGCCAGGGGCACAUGCGGACAGGUAUAUAUCCCCCGUACGGGGCAUUCGUCAUCCGUGGUGUCAAAUCUGCUGUUUCUAACUGCCGAGGACGGCUUUAAAAUCUGAGAAAAUGAGGUUCACCCCUUUCUACAGUGCUUUUACUUUUUUUUAAAG